AUGGGGGUUAUGUCCAGGCGGGUUAUUCCCGCCUGUGGUAGCCUCUGUGUUUUUUGUCCUUCUUUGCGAGCAAGAUCAAGACAGCCGGUGAAACGUUACAAGAAGUUGAUUUCUGAAAUCUUACCGCGGAAUCAGGUUGCUGAGAUCAAUGAUAGAAAAAUCGGAAAGCUAUGCGAGUAUGCUUCUAGGAAUCCAUUGAGAAUUCCCAAGAUUGCAGAGAACUUGGAGCAAAGAUGUUUCAAGGAUUUGCGUAAUGAAAGCUUUGGUUCAGUGAAAGUUAUCUUGUGCAUAUACAGAAAAUUGCUGUCGUCAUGUAAGGAGCAGAUACCACUAUUUGCCACCAGUUUAUUAGGGAUCAUUCGGACUCUUCUUGAGCAAACUCGAGUAGAUGAAGUACGGAUCUUAGGUUGCAAUACUCUUGUAGAUUUUAUAAAUUUCCAGACAGAUGGUACAUACAUGUUCAACUUAGAAGGCUUUAUCCCGAAACUGUGUCAAUUGGCUCAAGAAGCGGGAGAUGAUGACCGAGCUCUGCUUCUACGAUCAGCAGGACUACAAGCUCUAUCUUCUAUGGUAAAGUUCAUGGGUGAGCAAUCACAUCUUUCCAUGGAUUUCGACAAAAUUAUAUCAGCAGUUUUGGAGAAUUGUUUGGAUCUCCAAUCUAAAUUCAACCUUGCCAGGGUAGAGAAACUGAAUUCACAAUCUCAGAACCAGAUGGUUCAAGGAUCUCUUAAAGAAGAAGACUGUAUAUCUCCCAUGUUGAGUGUCACAGCAGGAUUUGAGACAGAGUCCAAGUUGGAUACUGCUAAGAAUCCUGCUUAUUGGUCAAUGGUUUGCUUGUACAAUAUAGCCAAAUUGGCAAAGGAAGCUACUACCGUGCGGCGUGUCCUGGAACCACUUUUUCAUCAUUUUGAUACAGAGAACCACUGGUCUUCAGAAAAGGGGGUUGCUUAUUGUGUUUUGAUGUAUUUGCAAUCCCUUUUAGCUGAAUCAGGAAAUAACUCCCAUCUUCUGUUGUCCAUUUUGGUCAAGCAUUUGGAUCAUAAGAAUGUUGCCAAGCAACCUAUCCUUCAGAUUGAUAUUAUUACCACCACCACACAGGUUGCACAAAAUGUUAAGCAGCAAGCCUCAGUUGCAAUUAUUGGUGCAAUAUCUGAUCUCAUUAAACAUUUAAGGAAAUGCCUACAAAAUUCAGCUGAAGCAUCAGACAUUGAAAAUGAUGCAUAUAAGUUUAAUACUAAAUUUCAAUCUGCCAUUGAAAUGUGCAUAUUACAACUUUCAAACAAGGUUGGAGAUGCAGGACCCAUUCUUGAUUUGAUGGCUGUGGUGCUAGAGAAUAUUUCCAGUUCUACUAUCAUAGCAAGAACAACAAUCUCUGCUGUCCAUCAAACUGCAAAAUUAAUCACCUCCGUCCCGAAUGUGUCAUAUCACAUGAAGGCUUUCCCUGAUGCAUUGUUUCAUCAAUUGCUCCUGACCAUGGCUCAUCCCGACCGUGAAACACAAAUUGGAGCUCACAGUAUCUUCUCUACAGUGCUUAUGCCAUCCGUGUUUACUACUUGGUUAGACCAAAAAAACAUUGCUAAGAAGGUAGAGAGUGACAGCCUCUCCAUUCGGCAUGAAAGUUAUUCUGGAGCAGAGCACUUGAAUGGGAAGCUGGUAGAAGAAAAGGAUCUAAGAUCUCUUAGGUUGAGUGGUCACCAAGUGAGUCUCUUGCUUUCUUCAAUCUGGGUUCAGGCAUUAUCUGCUGAAAAUGGCCCUGCAAAUUAUGAGGCAAUGGCGCACACUUAUAGCAUUGCUUUAUUAUUUACUUGUUCUAAGGCAUCCAGUUACAUGGCUUUGGUAAGAUGCUUCCAACUGGCAUUUUCCCUCAGAAGCAUAUCUUUGGACCAAGAAGGAGGCUUACCACCAUCUCGCAGGAGGUCCCUUUUAACCUUGGCUUCCCACAUGCUUAUAUUCUCUGUCAGGGCAGGCAAUUUCCCCGAUCUGAUUCCAAAAGUCAAAGCAUCCCUCACAGAGGCACCAGUAGAUCCGUUUCUUGAACUGGUGGAUGAUACUCUGCUACGGGCUGUUUGUAUAAAAUCAGACAAGAUAAAUUAUGGAUCCGAGGAAGAUGAAGUUGCUGCUAUGAAAUCACUAUCAACUGUACAAUUGGAUGACAGACAGUUAAAAGAGACUGUAAUAUCAUACUUCAUGACUAAAUUUUCAAAAUUGCCGGAGGAUGAGUUAUCCAGCAUAAAAAAUCAACUUCUACUUGGUUUUUCCCCUGAUGAUGCUUAUCCUUCGGGACCUCCAUUGUUUAUGGAGACACCAAGACCAGGUUCUCCACUUGCUCAGAUUGAGUUCCUCGAUUUUGAUGAGAUAAUGGCUCCAGAGGAUUCAAUGGAUGAAGAGACUGGGCCUGAGCUAAGUGGAAGCCAAUCAGAUCGCAGAACAUCACUUUCAACCCACUUCCCUGAUGUUCUAGGUGUUAAUCAACUCUUGGAAUCGGUUUUUGAAACUGCUCGGCAAGUUGCAAGCAUAUCCACUUCCUCAACUCCGUUACCUUAUGACCAAAUGAAAAACCAGUGUGAGGCUCUUGUAACAGGGAAACAAGAGAAGAUGUCAGCCAUUCAGAGUUUUAAGCAUCAGCAGGAGACCAAAGCCAUAGUUCUUUCAAGUGAAAAUGAAGUAGAAGUUUCUUGUCAACCUGUUACGGCACUAGAAUAUUCAAAAGGUGAUUUGAAGUUGGUCACUCAGGCGCAAUUUCAAGCACAAGAUCAAGUCCGCUUUCUUUCACAUGACACUAGGCAACAACAUUCUUUGAGACUUCCACCUUCGAGCCCCUAUGAUAAAUUCUUAAAAGCAGCAGGAUGCUAA